AUGUCAUAUCUUAGGAUAUAUCAGCAAAUACAUACUGGAGAGAAACCCUACAGAUGUGAAGGAUGUGGCAAGUCCUUUUCUCAAACGUCAAGUCUUAGAAUACAUCAGCGAACACAUACUGGAGAGAAACCCUACAGAUGUCAAGGAUGUGGGAAGUCCUUUAGUAAAUGGUCACAUCUUAGAAGACAUCAGCAAAUACAUACUGGAGAGAAACCCUACAGAUGUAAAGAAUGUGGCAAGUCCCUUACUGAGAUGUCAGUUCUUAGAGUACUUAAGCGAAUACAUACUGGAGAGGUACCCUACAGUUGUGAAGAAUGUGCAAAGUGCUUUAGUAAAUGGUCAAAUCGUAGAAGACAAGAGCAAAUACAUACUGGAGAGAAAUCCUACAGAUGUGAAGAAUGUGGCUAGUCCUUUAGUCAAAUGAUAUAUUUCAGAUUACAUCAGCAAAUACAUACUGGAGAGAAACCCUAGAAAUGUAAAGAAUGUGGCAAUUCCUUUAGUCAAAUAUCGCAUGUUAGAUUACAUUAGCAAAUACAUACUGGAGAAAACGACACAAAUGUAAAGAAUGUGGCUAGUCUUUCAGUGAAUGGUCAAUUCUUAGAAGACAGCAGCAAAUAUGUACUGGAGAGAAACACUGC